CCGUUCCUCGCGGAUUUUCCUGGACGCUCUCCGCUAAAGCGGUUUCACGAUCGAAUCGUCAUCCGCGUUAUCGACUCGUGAUUUUAAAAAUUUCUCGAAACAGAUUCCUGAAGAAUUCAAACACAUUAUCGUUGAAGAACGAAGCCGAAGAGGAAAUUCGAAGGUAGUUUUUGGUGAGGUACCGCUACGAUUAAGUAAAUAUCCGAUCGAGUGCUCGAAGAUCGGGGAACCUGGAAUAGUUGUAAAUCUCCAAAGAGUCGAAAGUUGAAAUUGAAAGUUUCGGAGCAUCGAGAUCGUCCGCGAUUGGAAGAGAUCCUGAAGUCCGUCCACAGUGACAAGUCAAGAACGAUUCGAUCAUUUUAACCGAGUCGUUCGUCAGAGAUCGAUGUGCUUGAGCUUCGACAUUCCUGUGGACUGCGCAUCCCGGGAAUUCCCGCAGGAAUAUCGAUAAAUUCCCGGUUCGUUGGCGUUCUGGGUCUCGGUACGCGGAUCGGACAGUUCUGUUGGCGAGCGCGAAAAAGCGCGGUCGUUCGAUUCCACGACCGGGCAAAGUUUAUCGUCGCCGUGGCAUCGCAUCUCAAUUAUCAGCGAUAAGAAAUAUCCCCGUGGACUAUCGAGCGAUCCCGAUCGAAGAGACAGAAGCCCGUAUCGUUGUGCAAUUUAUUUGUGCGUGGGAUUUAUUCAGCGGUGUAUCGUAGGCCAAUAAAUCAUACCGCGUUGACAUUGGCCGAGGCUGCUCCGAGAUCGGCUGAUAAAUCAUUAUCUCUUCGCAAUAUACUACCGGACUCUAGAAAAAGAUAAAAGUACCGAAGACGACGGGUGGAUCGGUAGUUCGGAUCGAUCGAAGGAACGGAUUGGAAGGGGGAUCUACGGAGGAUAAUGUGAAUAGAGAAUCGGCGGCGGAUCGAGCUCCAUUCUUUUCACCGCACGUGACAAACCGCGGGAACGAGGAAAUCGCCGACGGAUUUUUUCUUCUUCUUUUUCUCUCGAGCCUGGAAUCAGCCGUCAAAGGUGCACAUUCACCAUGGGGAAGGAUACGAAGGACACGUCAGCCUCAGAUAAUCCCAUGCAGGAGUUCAAUAGCAGCACUAAAAUUGCUACUAUCAACAUUAGCAACUAUAAUGAGAAAGAUGAACUCUACGAUCCCUUCGAGCACCGUGACAAGAAGAACACCAAUUCAGAUCUAGGUGCUUUGGCCCAUAUUCUAAAAUGUUCCCUGGGCACAGGAAUCCUCGCCAUGCCGAACGCGAUUAAAAAUGGCGGACUCUUGUUCGGUGGAAUCGGUACUGUAAUUAUUGGAAUUAUAUGUGCGCAUUGCGUUCAUAUACUGGUACGAUCCUCCCACGUGCUGUGCAAGCGAACGAAAACACCUAAAAUGACGUACGCGGAGACAGCGGAAGCAGCGUUUCUUUGUGGACCGAAACCAGUCAGACCUUUUGCAAACGCCAGUCGAAUAUUUGUAAAAAUUGCAUUGUGUUGCACGUACAUAGGUGGUGUGUGUGUGUACGUAGUCUUCGUAGCGACCUCGAUUCAACAGAUAGUCAACCAUUACAGUGGUGCGGAUAUAUCACUCCGUAUGUACAUACUCACGCUGAUUCCACCGACAUUAUUGCUGGGACAGGUGCGAAACUUGAAAUACAUGGUGCCAUUUUCCAUGGUCGCCAAUAUCUGCAUGAUGGUCGGGAUCGCGAUAACCCUUUACUACGUCUUCAGCGGUGUUCAAAUGUCGACAAAUGUGAAGUUGUUCUCGUCGUUCGAACAGCUGCCCAUGUUCUUCGCGACUGUGUUGUUUGCCAUCGAGGGAAUUGGCGUUGUGAUGCCCGUGGAGAAUAGCAUGCGGAAUCCGACACAUUUUCUCGGCUGUCCGAGCGUCCUUAACAUAACUAUGUCGAUAGUGGUGGCUAUGUAUGCUGUAUUGGGCAUAUUCGGUUACCUGACUUAUGGAGAAAAGGUUCAAGCGACCAUCACAUUGAGUAUACCAACUGAUGAAAUACCGGGACAAGCAGUAAAAAUUCUUAUUGCCUUAGCCGUUUUGUUUACUUAUGGUCUGCAGUUCUACGUGCCAAUGGAAAUUAUGUGGAACGCCAUAAAGGACAAAUGUAGUCACAAGUUCCAAGGCCUGUGCGAAACACUUAUGAGGAUUGUCAUGGUGAUUUUCUCAAUCAUCGUAGGGUUGCUAGUGCCCAACCUGGAACCGUUCAUUUCUUUGGUGGGCGCUGUGUUCUUCUCCGUCCUGGGCAUCAGCAUACCAGCGAUAGUGGAAACAAUUUCAUGCUGGGAGGGCCACCUGGGCAAAUUCAACUGGAGGCUCUGGAAGAACGGUGUGCUUCUGGUGUUCUCGCUGUUCGCAUUGGUAUCCGGCUCGUGGGUCUCCAUAAGGGACAUAAUCAAAGAAUAUACAGAAUCAAAUUAGUGGUUUCCUUCGAGGAAGAAGAAAUCACCGAAACCAGUAUACGCCAGAACAUCUUCUUGACGUUCGUUCAAGAAGAGCGACACUGUUACGAUUACCGCAACCUACGUUGCGUUGGAGCAUUUAUUCUUAAGACCUUUCAUGUACAUUCUGUAUUUAUUUUGACAUUCUAUUUAAGCAUCUUUUUGUAACACGAAUAACGUAAUGGUUAGUUUGAUUAUUAUGAAAUUAGUUGUAAAGUAUCGUCGCGUAUCGUUUCGCCCAGGAUUUGUUUCUUUAUUUGUAACGAAUUUAAAUUAGAGAGAAUUAGACGGAAGUAACGAUAAAAAAAAGAGCAUCGAUAGGAGGUAAAGUUUUAUUUAUUGUAAAUAUACGCAAUAGGAAAACGAAUUUUAAAGGGAGAAGUGAAAUUUUCGUACAUAUAAGAGUUUACUGAUAGGGUGAAUCUUGUUUAAUAGUGUACAUACAUUUAUGUAACGUAGCUGUAAGUGCACUUGAAAAUAUCGAGUUAACGAUCUAACUAUUAGAAGUAAUUAUUUUUUAUACGAAGAAAACAAGUGUACUUGAUUGUACGUAAAAUUUAUAUUAAACUAUUUAUAGAAUUCUAACACAA